AUGUCGCCUGGAGUACUCGAUUAUGCCCAAUUCAGUAGGGCCUGUCGAGAAGGUGAUAUGUCUACUGUCGAGUCCAUCGUUACCUCUCAAUCUCGCACGCCAGCCUUCCUCCACGAAGGUCUUUUCAACGCCUUGGGUAGCGGUAAUGUUGAUGUUGCGCGCUAUCUACUUGAUUCUGGAGCACCAAUCACAAAAAUAACUCCAUCGUGGGCUUUGGCCGCUCCACAGGGCCAGCAAAAACCCUUAUUCGAAUUGUUUCUGCAGCACGGCUGGAGCGUGAACACGCUUGGCUUCUGCGGAGCUGUCCUACUACCAUCCGUUAUCCGCACCGGCAACGAUGCUCUUCUUGACUGGUUUCUUGAGAAUGGUGCAGAUCCGAAUCUUGGCAAACAACAGGACAAUCGCGACCGUUUUGGCGGACCUGAAACGAAUUCAUGCGAGGCACUCGAGACUGCAGCAGAGAUAGGCACCGUCGAAACGAUGCAGAAGCUCCUCAACGCUAGUGCUAAAAUUGACAACGGAGCACCAUUGUAUCAUACAGCGGGCGCCUGUCUGCCAGGAUCAAAUCCUCACGCCGGACUUAUAACACCAAGCAAAGAAUUUGACGAGGCGAGGAUUUCUGUCAUGGAAUUGCUGGUGAAGAACGGUGCGCAGGUGAACGAUAAGUUAAUCUCACGCCAUAUGACGGCGCAGUAUCCAAUUGUCAAUGCUGUCAUGGCGGGCGCUAUUGAAAGAGUGAAAUGGCUGUUGAGUGAAGGCGCAGAUCCAGAUAUGAAGGGACAGUUUGGCAGUGCUCGCGAUUAUGCUAGAAAGGUUUCUAGUGAUGACAUGAAGCGCGUGGUACAGGUGCUUUGA